AUGGAUUUCCUGUCGCACAAAAGACACAACUGGUCCCUUCAUUUUAUUUACGAGUUUCAAGAGACUUGUCGAGCCAUAUGCCUUGAGAUCCUCGACUUACUGGCCAUCAGUUUAGGACUUUCGAAAGACACCUUUACUUCGCAACAUGUGGCAAAAGAAGAAGACCUUUCAAUUCUUCGUAUGCUAUAUUACGCCUCUCAACCUUCACAGUCUGGAAAGCAGUCUGAAUCACCUUCUAUCCGAGCUGGAGCUCAUUCUGACUACGGAUCAUUGACUUUGCUAUUUCAAGAGUCUGAUGGUCCAACUGGACUUCAAGUACUUACUUCUUCUGAAAUUGGUCAACCUUCAAAUUGGAAAGAUGUGGUUGUUCAACCCGGUGCAAUCCUUGUCAAUAUCGGUGAUGCUCUUGAAUUUUGGACCGGCGGUAAAUUGAAAUCAACAGUUCAUCGAGUCAUUCAACCUACUCACCCUUCUCAUCAUCACCCCACCCGGUUCUCAAUUGCUUACUUUUGUCAACCUGACCCUGAUGCAAUCCUCAAAGAUGUAGUAGGAAAUUCACCUGACCCGUUGACUAGCUCUCGAUUGGAAAGUAAAGGAAUUUGUCUUUCUGAAACAGUAACUGCUCGUGAACAUCUAACUCGAAGGUUCAAUGCUACUUACCUCUCAGGUUCCACUCUCCCUAAAAGUAGCAGUUAA